AACACCACUUCAUCUUUCUGCGGGAGUAUGAUUGAGCUCUUAAGAUCUGCUCAGAUUUGUAAGACUUGAAGGAAGUCAAACUUAAUAUUUGUAAGGGUGUUGCUGGAUUUCCAGCAAGAUCAAAGGUAAAUUUAACUUCUUACCAGGAUGAAAUACUACCAGUGCCCCAUAUCCCAGACUAUGGGAAUCAAGGCCCAGGACUGUGGCCUCCCAGUCAGCUGCAAGAGCUCUGCUUCUCUGAAGCCACUCCGUAAUGUGCACUUCCCCAAUGACAUUGUUUUCCUGGACUAUGUACGACACGGGGAGCUGGAGAGGAUUGGAUUUUUCAUACGAGCCAGAAGAGUCAACCUGGACACCAUCUACCACUCCGGCAUGGCCGCCAUCCACGAGGCCGUCCUGUCUGGAAACCUGGAGUGUGUGAAGCUGCUGGUAAACCACGGAGCAGAUGUCCACCAGAGGGACGAGGAGGGAUGGACCCCACUGCACAUGGCCUGUAGUGACGGCUUCCCACACAUUGCACGCUACCUUCUCAAGCUGGGUGCCGAUCCUGAGCUGGAGAACGACUGCGGGGAGAAACCAUCUGACCUCAUUGACCUGGACAACAAGGAGCUGCUGGAGCUCUUUGGGCCAGCUAUCAAUGACUGAGAACAUGUUGCUUUUAAAGCCACAAACCCGUCUGAAACCUAGUGUCCAGUCAAUCGGCUGUUCUGCAGGGAUGGACAGAAAAUGCCACGUCAGAUCAGCAACCUGAUUUUGUGAGCUGGCUAAGCUUUGGAGGUCAAAGACUGGAUGUCUGGAGGAAAGAGGGCUGCUGGAGCCGGUCGGCUGCGUCCUGACUGGAGUGAACUUUUGCUGAUAGGGGCUUCCCCCUGAACUCCGGCAGUGCAGAUUUACUGUGUCCUGUAAGAGGUUCUGAUCUUUUUGUACCGCAAUGAAGGGAAUGAAUCAUUAGACUUUUUAUAUUGGGAUGUUGCUUGAAUUGCGGCUUCUGAAACUGUUUUACUGUCGGCUCAUUUGCACCUCUCUGAAAGCUAAGAUUAGCUUGUGAUGACUGCCUUUGCUGACAAUUAGUUUUUUUAUUCUUGCCUUCUGAUCACUUUUAACUUUAUUCAUUAAGUUGUUUGUACAGUAUGACUUUUCAUACUUUUUAAAAUAAAGAUCAAUUUCAGUUAA